GUUGCCAAGAGCAAAAGCUAAACGGAAGAUGUCUGCCAGCGAGAGAGAAUUUAUAUUUGAUGCCGUUAUCGGCUAUUUAACCUCCCCGAUAUGGAAUUUUCCGGUUCGCACUUUUAUAGAACAUAAUUCUUUAGGUAUGCUGCAGUUUCCCCAUUCAUUUUGGGAAUUUUAUUCCCUGGGUUUUUGUUGAUAUUGUUGAUUGUAAAUUUGGCGAAAUGCAGUCAUUUUGUAUUCUUUGAAUCCAUUUAUUAUGAUUUCUUCUUUGAAUGCUUUGACAGUUUUUGAUCCAGAUGGAGAAAAUCAUGAGGAAUAUAAAAAAAUACACAAAUCAUACAAGGACAUGGUAAGAAAACUUUAUUUUUUUUCUCCUACUGUUUGCUCAAGAUUUGCUAUUUGGAAAUAAUCUCGAGACUUCAAAUAUUUUAAGCUUUUUUAAGUGUUUGUCGCUUGUAUUUAAUUUGUGGAGUCGUUUUGCAGAUGUUACAAAACAGAAUUCUGUAAAUUGCUCCCAGUUAAUUUUUCAUGAUUUUGAAAUGAUAUAAAAGAGAUACUGGUGGGACACUCACUCCAGGAUUCCAAACAUGAAUGAUUAAAAAACUGAUAUGUAUCUUAUUAGUUUCCGCCCAUGAAUAAAUUCAUGUUUUUUAUUUAUUUUUUUUUUUUGUAUUAAACUUUCAGUAGGCAGAUUUUCAUUGCACUUUGAAGGAGAAGUUUAAAUUAAUUAAAUUCAAAAUAUGAAAUGUACUAGCUAUAUAUCUAAAAUCCCAAAAUCCCUAAUGAGCCAGUAAUUUUCUUUGAUGAUGGCAAGAGAAAAUGAUAAAAGAGAGCAAAACACCCAUACAUGGCUAUCUUCCUGUAAAAAAAAUUUGUAAAUAUAUUCUUGGUUCUGCGCAAUGUUUCAAGGAUAUUUUUAGGAUGGCUCCAUAUUGUUUGGUUGGAAUGGCGCAUGUAAUUUUACACCAAAUAUUGGGGAACUUUUGCCUUCCGGGGUUUGAGCGCAUCUCUCUCUUUCUCCCCUGCUUUGUUUACAAUACAUGAUUUGGGUGGGUUCCCCCACCCUCCGCACCCACACACUCACACAGAGCUGUGCUCUAAGAAACAAUGUAGGGAGCCCAUUGCUCUGAAUCUGUUAAAUUUAGGGUGCCCAGUCUGUGAGGAGGAAGGGUGGCGGAGUUGUCAGAGUGCUGGAGUUAUAAUCUGGAGGCUCUGUGUUCAAUACCUUCCCUAACUACUAGCUGGAUUUGUUCUCAGUAGACAGGAGUUCAACUCCUCAGUCACCAUUGUAAAUUAGGCAACUGGCAUACCACCAGCCAGUUGGGUUUCUUAACUUUGGGGCCCACAAUAAAAACUUCUCAGUCGUUUACAAGUAAUUGUGUACCCCCAUCAAGUCUUUUUUUUUUUUAAUUUCUGAUGUAAAAAAAACUGAAGACUUCCUUGUUGGGCAAGAGUAAAAUUUAAGGAGCCUGGGAUUGCUGGGUUCUGCUUGUUUCUACCCCACCUCCCCUGCCCCUCCAAAAGAAAAUUCAUUGCUUAUGGACAUUUAAUUAUAUGCUGUAAUAAUCUCCUCUCAUUAGUAGUUCUAACCUCUUCCUAUAGUACACAUUAUGGUAAAAUGUGGUGUUGAUCAGUCACCUGAUUAUACAGGAGUACGUGAUAUCUCAAUGGAAUGAUGUCAACCCAAAUAUUUUUUUGGAAGUAGGUGUUUCUUGGAGCAAAAAAUAUAUAAAAUGCUACCAAAAGCAACAAAAUGGUUAAUGACUUAGCACAAUAUUUUUUUAGGUCAAGUAUAAAAAAUUGUCUUGUCUUAACAAAAUAAUGUAUUUCCAUGUGAAUAAAGGGAAAUAUAUUUUAUAUUGGGACUUUUGGAUCAUGUUAGGGAAAAAGAAUAAUUAUAUAUUAUUAGUUCCAUUUAUAAAGAGGUUGACAAAAAGGGAUUCAAUUAACAUUCUCAUACCUAGGCUGGAGGAGGAAAAUCAGUUUUACCUUGAUGUAUAUCAACAGGUUUACAAUACUGAGGGUUCUGCUGGGUGACAAAAACUUCCAUGUGACUAGAUUGCCUUGAGUUAGAGGAGAAACCGUGCUGGGCUACAGGGUUGUCAAUAAGUUUUUUUUAAGUAUGUGGCAAAGGCUUUGGAGUAGGUGGGGAAGGAAAAAAACACAUGGCAAAGGUGCAACUUGCGAGUGCAGAAGGUGAAAAAUUUUAAAAUCUGUGCCUCUUAGAAUGCAUUUCCAGCAUUUCUGGGGCAAAAAUUAGACUGUUUGAACAUAACACAGAUAUCAUUAAAUUUUGGCCUUUUUAUUCAAUGACAGCACAUGAAUACUCUGGGGUAAUUUCCAAAGAAAAGUAGGUGGCGAGUUCAUGUGAAAUAGCCGGCAAAUUUUGGGGGGCUAACAUGUUUUAAUGGUAACAAGUUGUCGAAUGGGUAAGUAGCAUUUACUGGAAUGAAAGAGAGGGUUAUCAGGUCUGCAUGGCUGGUCCAAAAGUUUCAGCAACAGCUUACCGGAAAGCGAGAGUGUCUUUUAAAUAUUCAUCUUGCCCUCAGCUAUGGCAAACAUUCAAUUCGUUACUUUGGACCUGUACUAUGGAAAAGACUAGUUACAUAACAUGGUCAAGCAAUCACCUAGUCUUCAGUCUUUUAAGAACGUUAUCAGAAAUUUAGAUAUUUCUGGUAUUUUAGAAAAUAACUUUGGCUGUUAUUUGUUGUGACCUUUGUAGAUCCCGAUUUUAUGAUUUUAAGAUUUUUAAGAUUUUAAUACAUAUUAUUAUGAAUUAUUAUGUAUUUUAGAUUAGUGUGCCCAAUUAGCUAUGUUAUAUUUUGUAUAGCUAAAUUAUACGUUUGACACUUAGAUAUUAAAAGUUCUUACGGUACGUUAUGUUAUAUGUCCUGCUCCAGAAAUUGGGUUUCCACUGUAAAAAUGACAUAAUUCUGUUAAACACUUGCCUAAAUGAGGACUGCCUUAACAUUCAACUUAUUGUUUUGUUGUUUAAGGUGGAUAAGUUAUUGGCAAGCUUUUUGAAAGAUGUUGGAAUAACUGCGGAACAGUUUAUGAAUGCAUGUAAAGAAGGAAGUGGAAGUCCACAGUUCAGUAGAAUGCAUAGGGUAGGUUCAUUCAUCCAGAAUUCCUGGAGAAAUCCUGCAGGAAUAACUUCUAAAGAACUAAAAAACAGGUCAUGAAUGUAUGCAAAGAAGGAGGUUUAGUGGAAAGAGUUGCUUCUACACUUAAUCAGGAUUUGUACUAUUCCUGGAACUUUUUGGUGAACUCCUGGAAUAUAAACAUUUGUACCACUCAUGUAUUCAGAAAACAUUCAUGUAGGCAUUCAUGUGGUUUUGUUCAAUCAGGGUUGUCAAAAGUAGCUGGCUGCCAGCAAAAAUCGCUGUCUACUUGGUUAGUAUUGGCCGGCUACUCUGCUUGGCAUUUCUUUAUGGAUGCGUUUUUUGAAUAAGAUAUCCCUGGACUGGCCGCUUACUUUGACAACUCAGUAGUCUACUUCAAAACUUUCUCACAACACUGUUUCAAUUAACAUUUCUUCUUUCUUUUGACAUGUAUAAAGGAUGUCUUUGACCAGCUGUGGGCUGCAGAGGAUUAUGAGGUGUUUAAACAAUUAAUGAUUCAGAAGAAUAUUGAGCUGCAGCUACAAGCCUUGCAGAUUAUUCAACACAUUCACAAUGUCCCAAUGCCUAUGCCAGUGCCUGGACCUGUCCCCACCCCACCUAGUGCAGCUUCAACCCCUGGUUCCCCCCCUGCUUCUAUCAUUGAUGAGGAUGCUAUAAUGCAGGAGGUAUUGAGAAGGUCUAAGGAAGAGUAUGAAUCACAGAAGAGUGGUAAAGGAAAAGCAGAACAGGAAUUUGAGAAAACAUUAGCAGAGUCCAAAGAGGAAAGUGAGAGGUAAUGGUUAGAGUAAGUUGUCAUAGCCUGUGAAUGUUAAUACAGGAAGUAUACAGCCGUCUUUCCUCACUCUCUGCCUAAAACGUCUUUUACUUUAGCAGGAAGGAGCGAGGAGAUACGGCUGAAUUUGGCAAACUAGAUUUUUAACUUUAUAAGAUAACCAGCAAGGUAAGUUUCGCAGAACAAAACUAAGUAUGUUUAACACUGAAAGCAUUUUGAGGACGGUUACAGCAGAGAUUCAAUCCCUGUCAACUAAAAAACGGAGGUCUUAGGAGCGACAUAGCAGCUCCCACAAGUGCUGAAUGUGUGAGCCUCUAGGGGAACCGGCAGCAUGCUCUCCAGGGAAAAAUUUGAAGAUAUGUGCCUUCAAGAUGCCAUUUCCUGCUUUUUGAGAUCACAGUCAACGGAAAUACUGCACCCAAAAUUAUUUCAGGCUCAUGAUCAGAUGACAAAAGGGUAAAAAUGGCUGAGAAACCAGUGGCAGAAAAGCAGCAAAGCGUGCUAAAAAGACUCGUUAAGCAGAGAAAUGGAAGAGUUUCCAAAACGCGAAUAAUGUUAAGCAAAAACAGGAGGUUUGCAGCCAAAUGGGAGGGUUGGAAUCUCUGCAAUAGGUUAACAGAUUAUGUUGGCCCUUGUUGAAGACAGGACUGCCAUUUCUACACGGUCUUCCCUGAAGCUCUAGCCAUUUACAGUGCGAACAAAGCCAGUAUAUGUAUAAGCAUCUUCAUCUGAGUUCUUUGACCUCCCACUCUGCAGUCCAGUCCAGUCCAGUCUUUACCAAAUGACUUAUCCCUGCUGUAGGUUCACAGUACACAAUCCAACCAUCCCUACUGUACUCUAAAUACACAUAUGCUGAUGAUUAUUCAACAAUGAUAACUGUCCGGACUUGAAUAUAUUUCAACAUUUCUCCUCGGAAGAACCACAUAAGCUUGUCAUUAUAAUGCUGUUGUUCUAAUCGUAACCUGCUCUAGCCAACCUCCGCUGGCCACCCAAAGACCAGAAAGUGUUGUCACAGACAAUGGUGAAUGUUCCAGGUGAUACGACUCUCUUCCUCAGUUAGUCUCUUCUAUCUAUUUAUUCUUUUCCUACCUCUUGUUUGUUAUUGAAAUAGGCAUUCUGUUUGUCAGCAUCUGUUUGUGGUCAGCAGCAAGCAUUUUUCUUUCUUUCCCAUCCCUCUCACCUCGCCUAUUCCUUUGCUCCCCCUUUCGCGUCCCAAUGCUUUUCUCACUUGACUAACAUAUGCUGAUGAACAGUAAAAUAAAUGGUCAACAGUAACAACCGUCCGGACUAAAAUAUAUUUCAACAUAUCUUCUCUCAACAACCAAAUAAUUUUGUUUCUUAACCUGCUUUCCUAGCCAACCUCCGUCCUCCCAAAGACUGGAAAGUGUAGUCACAGAUAGUGAACAUUCCAGGUGAUAAGACUCUGUUCUUCAACUAAUCUCUUGAAUCUAUUGAUUUCUCUCUUGGUCAGCAGCAGGCGUUUUCUUUCUUCCUCCACCUCUCCCACCCCGGCUAUGCUAUUACCCACCUCUUGCGUCCUCACACUUCUCCCGCUUCACUAGAACAAAACGAAAAUGACUAUUACACAGGCUGCUGACAGACUUUUUUCAUUAAUUCAUUUUUAUUAGUAAAAAUUCCGUGACUUUGUCAGUGCGCUUAACCACACAAAAAUGUUCAUCAUUAAUGAUUGCUAUUUCUUAUUGUUUCACGUCACAUCUCGCUCUUAAUUCCUUCAGAAAAUCUUUAAACUUUUCAGUCCCGGAGAAGGUGAUCACCGAAGAAAGUACGAGGUGCUCAGUGGUCUUUCAUCAUUCUUUCUAUUUACUUGAUGUGAUUGUUCAUUAUGAGAACAAGGGUAGUAAAGAAGUACUCUUGCUGUCAUGGUACUCUGUUCUUUCUUAAGUCAUAUGUCACUUUGUUGUCUUGGGCAAGAUUAGAUAUGUUUUCUAUCGCUUGCCCCUCUACUAUCUUCAAUUCUUUCAAACCUUUACCUUGAAGAACAGUAAGAAGACCUUGCCUACCCUCAACAAUAAUAGUAAAGAAGUUGAAGUUGAAGUUGAACAAUCUUUCCGCUACGUCAGACAUAUUCAAUAUUAUUCAUGAGCCAGGUGUUAGGGGUGUUAGGGGUGUUAGGGACGCAUUCCAUGAAUUACUUUGCAUCUUUGGGGAUUUUUAUGCGUCAAGGAUGCAGAAAGUAGAGGUAACAAAAUCCCUGCUCAUGCACUUUCCCCACUCAGAUUAGAUUACGAGUAUUCCCUUAUUUCCCUCUGGGGUAGUAUAGCGAGCGAAACACGUGAGCGCGCGUGAAAAUCGCCACCCGCGAGCAAGGCGACCUUCGGAGGGAAGGGAGAAAACUUUCCUUCCAGUUCUUCUCGCGCGUGGCGAUUUUUACGCGCUCGCGUAUUUCGCUCGCUCAACCAUCCCUGAAGAAAUGAGGGACUGUUUGCAGUCUACAUUCAGACGUUCAGGUAGGUCUUGGCUCAUUAUUACGCUGUACCGUGUGAACUUAGGAUAGUGUUGCAUACCAUACAGAAAGGAAGACACAGCUUUGAGUAAGUGAAAGAGUUGCAGUUCAAUUAAAUGUGGUCUGUAUGUGGGCAUGUGGCCUUUUCUUAUUUUUUCUUCCUUUUUAGGCUAAGGGAAAUAGCAAAAAAAGAACAUGAAGAAUUAGAAAAGCUCUUCAAAUUUCACUAGAAGCGCAGAAACAGCAAGCAGCUGAAGCCGAAAAAUUACGUGAUGAAGUUAAGCAGUCGACUGUCCAACCUUCUGCUAAACCUCCUGUUGUCGAAAGCAAACAAGCAGCCAAGACCUCCCCUGUGGAGAGUAAACCAGUCCCGAAGCCUUCCCCUUCAAGCACAAAAUCUCCUGCACAGGACACCAAACGUUUGGAAAAACCCCAGACUACAGGGUUACCACCUUUGUCAGGGAAACCGAAGAAAGCAGCAGAUACACCGGCUGAUGCAGCUGCAGGAUGGCUGCAAAGUGCUAAGGAGGAUGCUGCUAGUAGCACAGCCACGCCAGUUCAGGUAGAAUGACGAUUAUUAAGACAAGUAGCUGUUGACUGUAUUGUUGAAGUGCAGUUUUAUUGAAGAAAAGGUCUUGGCGAACCCAUCUACUGUUCUACUUUUUCUUCUUCGCAUCCAUUAAUGACAUGCUUUCACGAUUUUUCCCGCGCUUUUGGCCGUCUAUAUUUGUGAUUGGUUGAUUGGAUUUUCUCGCUCUUGCCGUCGGCUGCAUUUAUUUGCUUUGAGUUGUGAUUGGUUGAUUGCAUUUUCCCUGCGCUGUUUGUAGGCUACGUUUGUUUGCUUUGAGUUGUGAUUGGUGAAUUGGAUUUUCUAGGUUUGACUAUGAAGACUAUGAAGUUGGUCAUCUCUUUCUGAGAAAACUCUUACAACCCAUCUAUUGUUGUCUAAAAUUUUUGUUCUUUGAUGUUUCCUCGUAGAAGCAAGAAAUAACUCCUGAAGAGAUGAAAAGACGCUCUGAGUACCUAAAGCAGCAACGAGACAAACUCCUUGCAUUAAAAAGACAGGAACGCGAGAAAAGCUUGACGAAGUAUACCGAACAGGAGUCGAAGGCUCGGCCGACGUCCGCUCAUACAGCUCGUCGAGUCACCGCUGGCGAGCAAGUUGAUUCUCCGCCGUCAAAGAGCAGCCAGGAGGAUGCGAACAAGUUAGCCAUGCGCAGAGCUCUUGCGGACUGUUUGAAACGGGAGGUCAUUGACAAGGAGUAAAUUGCACUAAAUAGAAAAGAAACUUUGUUCCAGUUUCUGCUUGUUAUGUAAAGUCAUUUUAAGAUAAUUCAGUAACACGAAAAGUGACUUAAGAGACAGUCGAAAAGCGCAACAAUGCAAUUGAAACCCGACGUUAGCUCAUGACCUUGUAGUCAUUCACAAAUUUGGUAUUAUAGCACGUUUUCUAAAGAUUUAAGGAUAUGUUGUAAGAAAUGUGAAAGUUGGCGUAAAAGAAAAACGGACCGGCUUGCCUUGCCCCUUUGCAGCGUUUUCCGUGACAUAUCGACAUAUCCGAGCUUUGCCCUCAACGAAUAAUCUGCGACCAGCUGUUUCAAGUUUCAAGUGUACGAUGCAGCCUCGUAAUCGUUUCGUUUUCUUUUAGUUGUAGUUAAUGUAAUUUUAUAAAUGUAAACAAGUUUAUAGUUCGCGUAGGUACGUUCUUUGAGACUGAGAUCCGGCCAGCAUCCUUAAAUGUAACAGAAAUGCAACCAGUAAGAAACCAAUUUCACUCUUAGAGGAAGAAUUUAGUACUUUUAUAAAUGCUUGCGCCUUGAAAGGUCGAUGAACAUUAGACCGCAAAAAGGGAUUUUCGCCUGCCCUUUCGUGUCCUAUGAUUCAUCUCUAUUUCAAGUUUUGAUGCUUGUGUAUGAGCGAGGGUGUUCAGUUAGUGCACUACCUCUAAAUCGUUUUUCGUUUUGGCUUUAGAGGAAAUAUGCACUUACGCUUAGUAGAAAUUAUAUAAAAUGGUUAUAAAACUGCAGGCAGUUUAAAAUGAGAAGUUACUUUAGCUAAAGUUAAUUUUUUUCCGACCAGGUGGUCAUUUAAUCUUUCUUCCUGAUUAAAAGUUAGUUCUUGAAAAGAGUGAUCAUAAUCGGAAAUGAUUAGUGCAAAGUCAGGUCAUUGUCUCAUUACACUCUUGACAGAAAAUGUAGUUUUAAUUAAUGUCUAUCUUCGCAGUGUCCUUAGCUUGAAGAACAUGCAUUAUUUUCUCGUGUUUUUCAGGCGAGCGAGGAGGAUACGAGACACGCGUGUCGGGGGAAGGCGCGAAACAUAUACCUCCCCCGAUUCGCCCCUCGCUCGCUUUGCGUUUGCCUUUGCACUCCUGAAAACGAAAAAUAACACUUUUCAAUUUUUUCAUUUUGAAGGAAACUUUUGUAGUAACAAGUAUCACUUAACUUUAUUUCCAAGACAUCUACCUCUUAUGACCCUUGUCAUUAUGGGUGAGGUUUAACAUGCACGCCAUAAGUGUUGUCACAACUCGGAUUGGUUUGACUAAUCAAUUAAAAUUAAAUAGUUUUGAGUUUUCUGUCUUUUUCAGAUUGCAAAUGCUUUGUCGAAAAUCAUUGUGGAAAACUCUUUCUUCGUUUUGUCGUUACAUGCUUGAAUAAUUUAAGUUUAAUUCAUCGUCCCAUUACAUGCUGCCAUCUAGUUGUCUCUCUAGAAAUAAAGAAUCAUUG